UGUGCACCCCGCCGAAGAUGCAUCCUGGCCCCGUCCCCACCGUCUUGCUGCUCUGCGUGGCGUCACUCUCAUAUUUAUCGUGUUUUUCGCCUCCCUGAACCACACACCGCCGCCAUGAGUCGCAGGAAGUUUGAUGAGAUGUCGGAGUACGACUCCGGUCGGGACCGCAAGAGACGCCGCACCGAUGCCGUCGAGAUUGAGGACCGUCUGGAGUCCCUCAUCAUCAGGGUGGGAGAGAAGAGCACAUCGUCCCUGGAGAGUAACUUGGAGGGCCUGGCCAGUGUGCUUGAGGCUGACAUCAACAACUACAAGGGCAAGAUUCUCAAGAUCCUGAGCGACUGCGCCGUCAAGAUGCCUGAGAAGACCACCAUCUACACCACCCUCGUCGGCCUCCUCAAUGCUAAGAAUUACAACUUUGGCGGAGAGUUCGUGGACAUGAUGGCACGCAAGCUGAAGGAGGCCCUGAAGGCGUGCAUGUGGAAGACCGCUCGCUAUGUCCUGCGCUUCUUCUCGGACCUGGUCAACUGCCACGUCAUCUCCACCAACUCGCUCCUCCAGCUUCUCCACACCUUCCUGGACACAGCGAAGGAUGAUAACUCUCCCCAGGUGCGCAGUGACACAUACGUCUACGCUGUGCUGAGCUGCCUGCCGUGGGUGGGACGGGAGCUGUACGAGAAGAAGGAACAGGAUUUGGAACGCCUCCUUAAGCACAUCGAGAUCUAUGUGAGGAAGCGCACCCGCAAGCACAUGCCGGGCCUUAGGGUGUGGCGCUCGGACCGCCCGCACCCACAGGAGGAAUACCUGGACUGUUUGUGGGCGCAGAUCUGCAAGCUCCGUUCAGACAUGUGGCAGGAGAAGCACAUCGCCCGACCCUAUGUGGCGUUUGACUCCAUUCUGUGCGAGGCCCUGCAGCACAACAUCCCUCCCCUCACACUGCCCCCCCACCAUGCAGACAACACCUACCCCUUCCCCUGGGUUGUGUUCAGGCUGUUUGACUACACUGACUGUCCUGAGGGCCCUGUGCUGCCCGGCGCCCACUCCAUCGAGCGCUACCUGAUUGAGGAGCACCUGCACAACAUCAUCAAAGAGUACCACCAGGAGAGGAAGCAGUGUGCCGCAGUAUUGCUGGACUUCCCCCUCAAGCACAAGAUCCCGCUGGAGUACAUGAUCGUGGAGGUGGUGAUGGCUGAGCUCUUCCACCUGCCCCAGCCGCGCUAUAUCGAGAUCUGCUACGGCUCACUCCUCAUUGAACUGUGCAAGCUUCAGCCCGCUACCAUGCCCCAGGUGUUGGCUCAGGCUGUGGAGCUUCUGUUUGACCGCAUCGACACCAUGAAUGUGUGCUGCUUUGACAGGUUUGUGAACUGGUUUGCCUACCACUUGAGCAACUUCCAGUUCAAGUGGUCUUGGGAUGACUGGCUGGAGGCGGCCCAGCUGGACCCCAUGCACCCCAGGGCCAAAUUCAUCAUCGAGGUGCUGCUCAAGGCCAUGAGGCUGUCCUACCGCCAGAGGAUAGCCGAGGUGGUGCCAGAACAGUUUGAUUGCUUCGUGCCCAUGAAGCCUGAGCCCGUGUAUAAGUUUGCCAACGACACAGCUGACAUCCCCGGCCUGGACACCGCACAGAGGCUGGAGUCCGUGAUCCGCGCCAAGGGGAUGACCACAGAGGUGCUACAGGCCCUGUCAGAGCUGCCCAACCCGCUGCUGAGGGAGAACGAGGACGCUGAGCCCACACACAACCCCCUCCAGAUCCAGGUGUUCGUGCAGACCAUCCUCCACCUGGGGUCAAAGAGUUUCUCCCACGCAUUUGCCGGCAUCUCCAAGUUUCUGAAGGUGUUUGAGAGUCUGGUGGGCAACAACGAGGAGGCACAGAUCCUGGUGCUGAAGGAGAUGCACGAUGUGUGGUCGACGCACCAGCAGAUGGUGGUGAUGCUGUGCGACAAGUUCCUGCGCACACAGAUCGUCAGCUGCGCCUCCAUGGCCAACUGGAUCUUCAGCAAGGAGAUGACCUCAGAGUUCACGAAUGGAGGAGGCACGCAGCCCGCUUUUUGCAGGAACUACAUCUGGGAGAUCCUGCACGGCACCAUACGCAAGAUGAACAAGCACGUGGCCAAGCUGCAGCGCGAGGUGAAUGACGCGAGGGAGAGGAGGACUGGGAACGACUCGGACGAUUCUUCUUCGGAUGAGGAGGAGCAGCGUCCGAGGCCCAGCGAGGAGGAGAUCGAGCGCAUGGAGGAGAAGCUGGAGACGGCGCAGGCGGACCAGAAGAACCUGUUUUUGAUUAUCUUCCAGCGUUUCAUCAUGAUCUUGUCUGAACACUUGGUGCGCUGCGACACAGAUGGCCGUGACUUUAACACCCACUGGUACCGCUGGACCAUCGGGAGGCUACACCAGAUCUUCAUGAUGCACAACACACAAGUGGAGAGGUACAGCCAGACCCUCAGCACACUACUCUUCACGCAGGACCUCGACCCACACAUCCUGGACGCCUUCAACCAGUUCGUCGCCCUUCGCUCCUAAGAAACGCCCCCCGAACACCCUAACCCCUCUCGUGCCGACAUACUACCCUCCCUUCACAACACAAGCACCGACGAGCCUAUUAUUCUGUAUUGUAAGCUUUUCCAUGGUCCUAAGAAUCUUAUAUCCCUCUCUUUUGACAUCCUUCUUGGUCCCUUAUCUCUUAUCUCUUUCUCCCUCUCCUUAUUCCACUAAUACUGAUAUACCACAUACUUUAUAUUGUUCUGUAUCGUAAGUUCGGUUUUUCAUGGUCAUAAAAAUCAUAUAUGCCUCUAUUUUGACAUCCCUUUUGUUCCCUUAUCUUUUAUCCUCCUCUAAUAGCACUAGAAUUUAUGGGCUAUCUGUUUUAUACUUGUAUGUAAGCCUUGUUUUUCAUGGUUGUAAGAAUCAUAUAUGCCUCCCUUUUGACAUCUCUUAUCUUCUAUCCCCCUCUUCUCAAGUACCAGGAUUGAUGGGCUAUCUGUUUUAUAUUUGUAUGGUAAGCCUUGUUUUUCAUGGUCAUAAGAAUCAUAAAGCUCAGUUUUUAUAUCCCUUUUGAAUUUCUUUAUCUCUUUUCCCCCCUCUCCUUAUAGCACCAGGAUUGAUGGGCUAUCUGUUUUAUGUUUGUAUGGUAAUCCUUGUUUUUCAUGGUCAUUGGGGUCGUAAUCCUCUUUAUUUUCAUCCCUUUUGAAUUUCCCAAUCUCUUAUCAUUUUACCCUCUCAAUAGCACCAGGAUUGAUACACUACUUGUUUUAUGUUAUUCUCUAUUGUAAGUACCGUUUUUCAUUGUUAUAUGGAUCAUAAACCUCUCUUUUUACAUCCCUCCUCUCACCUCGGUUCCAGUAUCUCCCUAAACACCUUUGUCUCCCUUGCCAGGCACUGUUGUACUUCUUUAUUAUUGCCCAGUACCCUAAGAUUUCUCUCACCUAGUCCUCUCAGUUCAUUUGAUUGUAUGACUCCUAAUACUAUACUAUAUACCACCUUCAUGUUCCCUUUUCUCACCUCAGUUACAUUAUCAUUCCCUAAACACCUUCACCUCCCUCUUCUACUCCCCUAAGUCUCCUGAUUCUAAGCUUCACUCAUAACCUUGCCUGUGUUGUUGUCUUGCGCCACCCCAGCACAGCACAAUUGUCAGCCUCUCCCCUCUCCUUCACAGUCCUUGCUAUGUCGUGUAAACUGUUGGUGUUUUUCGUUGACAUCGACCUCCAUUCUGGCAUAGCGCUGUGAGUGUCUUUGUGUAUGUGUAUGUGUGUGUGUUUUUGAAUGAGUAAGUGAGAGAGAGGAAGAGCUUGGCUGUUUGAUAUGUCCUUCCCUGUGUUGAUAUAUGCAUGAUUAACUUGGUGGUCCAUUCACACCACUUCAUAAUCAUCUCCUAUAUAACAGUUUGAAAUGUGGCUAUAAGCUUAUAUAUAUACUGGAAGACUCAUUAUUUAGAGUUUAUAGGUGUUACUUGAAGGUAGUAAUGUAAGUGAUGAAAAUAAUUACCAAUAUAUAGAGGACAUUAGAAAAAGUUAAGUUCUUUUUGUGUGUGAAUAGAAGUCUGUGCAGCUUUCUAGAAAAUUAGAUAGCAACACAUAAGGAGAUAAUGUGUCUUAGAAUAUGUUGAGAGGAAAAGAGAGGGAGAAAAUGUAAAGAUCUAGCACACAUUGAAAGAACGUUAACUGUGUUUGUGUGAAGAAAAAAUAGGAAAGGAAAGGAAAGAGGAGAGAAGGAGAGAAAUGUAUAGAUCUAGCACACAUUGUAAGAACAUUAACCAUGUUCUGUGUGUGUGUGUGUGUGUGUGUGUGUGUGUGUGUGUGUGUGUGUGUGUG